AUGGGAUUAUUCUUGGUUUUUCCGGGUUGUAUCGUAGGAGUUUUCUUUCCCCUGAACAUGUCUUUCUUGUGGAAGGGGAGGGUGCGUGUAAACGUAUCGUGCCCGAGUCCGUUAUGGGGACCUAUUCUAGGGCCUUCCCACCGUUAUGGGGUCUGCUGUUAA